AGUACAGAAUAGCGCUGUCUCCAUGAUACUACUUGCAAUUAGAAAAGGGAAUAUGCAACAAUGUAGGGCUGUAUAUAAACGAAGAACGCAAACUAUUGAUAGGAAACAUGAGAUUGCUACGUUAACCUGUACUGCAAUGCUCCCUCCUGACAAGUAUUUUUCGACCCUGUGCAGUCAAACGCUCAACUCGGUACCUGGAAUGUCGCUGCAACUGGGACUUGCGGAAAAUAAUGCAUCUUCGUUCACCGUUCUUUUACCCAUGAGAAAUUACGACAGCAAAGUAAAGUCUAUACAUCGAAUAUAAUGGAGGUUGUGCGCAUGAUAUUCAGCUGAUUCUUGAACCCGCCACUAUCUGAAGGAGAUCGCGUAUCACAAAUGAGUGGAUUUUGAUCUGCGAAAUCAAGGGAGAGAUGUUGGCAGUAACCGCGGUACGCCCUACAUCAAUUAAUCACAUGCCGAAUGAAGGGAGAACAAUGAGCAACCAAUCAUCUUCGCCAAAAAUAUCGCAAGGAUUAUUCGAUAAGUUAGGUGAGUAUGAGGAGAAUCGAGCUAAGAAGCGGGUCGAACUUGCCAGAGAAUAUGAAGUCUUCAAAAAGAUAGACGAUGAACGUUUCAGAAAUAGAUUUGCAAAUAAGAGGACCUCCGAAUCCAAGACUAAUCCUCCGCCAAUGAAAACGCAUUCGGAGGGAAAGGUUGAAAAGUCAAAGAAUUCCUUAGAGAGAAGUGACUUGAAGUCAAUGGCUUGCCAGUUGGAAGAAAAGAUUAAUCAUAAACUUGAAGAGCUAGCUAAGCGCAUCGACGCGCUUGGAGCUGUUAGAGAGCACUCCAAACGAGAAGAGAAGUACGAGUCAGUGGAAUCAGUGACCAACCAAAGAAUGGAAUCAAAUAAUAAAAGUAUGCAUUCGGAUUUCGAUGAGCAACCUGGUUUAGAAAACGAUCAGUCCAGUUCGAAGGAGAAGUUGCUUGAACGCCUAAAGAAAAUACAGGAAGCACACCGUAAAUUGGAGUCCCUAGAAAAAGAAUAUGUUCAUAUGCGAGCAAGCCUUUAUGCGAGUAACCUAAAGAUGAAUGUUGAUAACCAAUCUCAGGUACUGCUGGAAGAAAAGCAACCUGAUACAUCAAAGGGUACCGUUCUCACUCGUUUCGAAGGUGAGGAUCGUGACGAUGCCGAACAAAGACUUGCGAAGAAAGAAGCUUAUGGAAAAGAGCUUCGCCAGCAAAUUUUAGAGACCCAGCAGAAAAGAAAACAGCAAUUGGAACAGAGUAAAUUUUCUCGUUGCACAUCGCUAGAGACAAAGGGAGGAGGAAAAAAUGUCAGCGAAACUUCUAUUCUGAACAGUGCGCCAGGGGUAGGAUCCCUUGAUGUAUCAUAUACUCAGAAACACUUCAUAUUAGGCGAAAGUAACACGGUAAAAGAGGUUGGAAACGGAAAAACGUCAGAUUGUUUCAGCUCAGAAAGUAACUCUGCCAAUUCAUUAUCCCAGAAUAGGGGUUCUAUUGCAAACAAGGAUGCCAAAGUUAAGUAUGCAGAAGAACUGAAGAAACAAAUAGAGGAGAUGAGACUUAAAAAGGAGCUCCAAAAGAAAAGUGAUGAGGAGUAUGACCGGAAGAUACAAGCAGAAUGUGCUAAGUAUGAUGCUUCCAGUCAAAUGUCCAUAAGCGGCAAUCAAACUGCAGGUGUGUACAAUUUGGAAAGUACAUUGAAUGGAGAUUCAAAAGCAGAAUCAAAGUAUGCUCGCGGCGGGCACGGGAUAUUCGGUAACCCUUUGACAGCGGACCAAAAAACAACUCUCCAAAAGUACAAAGAAGACCUGGCACUACAGAUAGCGGAGAAAAGACGCAAGCAUGCAGAACAAAUGGAGAGAGAAAAAGAGGCAGAACGGCGUGAGUCUGAGAGACUGCUUGCCGAGCAAAAGAAAAUGCAGAAAGAGUUUGAAGAAGAGAGAAUACGCAUGAAAAUGAACUGUGAACAGUUGAAAGAAAGUGUAGGGACUCAAAAUUCGGAAUCAGAUAGGAAAAUGUCAUUCAAAGUGCCCCCAACGACAUGUCCUCGAGAAUCUGCCUUAAGUUGUCAGCAGAAAAAGUAUCAGAGGUUAGAGCAAAAAGAUACUACCGCCGAAGGAGGAACAAGAAGAGAGAGUAACCACGAUGAUGAAUUGGUAUUAGACCCAGAUUUACCGACAUGGGCUUUAGGAGCGGAUCGAGAUUAUGCUAAAUCCGAUCCUGCCCCUGCUACGGAGGCUCAAUCAUCAAUCAUCGACCAACUUAAGCACUUUCGAGAGCGACUGAGCGCAGAAAGGCAACGAAUCAACGAUACCUUGAGUAGACGCCGUGUGGCGGAGAAAAUUGAUGUCCAGUCUCUAGGAGCACAUGAGGGCGAAAUUAAUAAAGUACAUCCUAAAGUGUCUAAGAAAGGAACCGCAUUAUUUACCACUCCUAGUCAAUUCGACCAAAGUGACGGAAAAGGAGAAACUGACGGAAUUAGGCGGAAUGAAGAGUUGUUGACUGAAAACUCGGUCGAGGAAACUUUUGAUAAACUAAACGAUCGGAAACUUCAGUGCUUGAGGGAGAAAGAUAACAGUGAAGGAGUAAAGCGAACUGUGAGUAAAUUGCCAAUACUAGAUCAUAAAAACAACCGGUGGGGUGCGAGGAAAUAGUGGCCUGCAGCCAGAAAAGGUGCCAACCGCCACCGGAGUUGAGUGAUUGAGAUGUUCAAUUUCGAACAUUAUGAGAAAGUAAAAGCAUCGAGGAAGCGUGUAUUUACCGAACGAUGAAGGUACAAACUGAGAGUCCACAUCAAAUAGUCCAGAGACAAUUGAUUCCACAUUGUCUGGUAACCUACGAUCUACCACGUUGAUCUGUGCCACACACCCUAAUGGAUGAUAAAAAUUUGUACCUGCGCCAAUUCUUUGCCGUAUCAUGUCGCUUGUGUAGUUGAAAGUGACGGUCACGGAUAUUCACUGUUCAUCACUUAUUGAGCGUACAUCGAUAGUGAUAGCGAUAAAAAUGCCAGUGACAAUGCACGCAUCGCAGCGAAAUUUGCCACAUUCCAUCUUCUGAUGGAACAAUGCGUUUUGCACUGAUAAAACUUGGACAGUAGGUAAGAAGAGCGAAACCAGAAACAAAUAACAUAA